AGUCAAGAAAGGAAAGAAUUGGAUCUACUAAAACCCAGUCCUGAACUGCAUAAGGGAAAACACAAAAAAGGUCAAGACGCAAAUCAAGAAGGUGAAUUAUAUGCUCGGGCAUUUUUAAGAGGAGAGCCGUAUCCAGUGGAGCCUGUUAUUGACAGUAGCGGGUGGUUUUGCAGACUGUUGAUUCAUGUGCAGUACAGUAUAGUACAUUUUGCCCACCCCUACAUGGAAGCAGUUGUCUCUACGACGACUGAAAGUGCACUGCAAAUUACAGGUCGUGUAGUGAAACGACAGUUGAGCUACUUUUUUAAUUACAAUGACAAAUUUGAAGAGGUUAAACGUUACAUUGAGAUGUUGAACAAUACUAGGAAAAGGAUACAGCAUCAAGUUAAUAAUGCAGAAAUGAAUCCCGAAGAAAUUGAAGAUGAUGUUCAACAUUGCAUAAAACAGUUGGAUGAGAAGAUUGAAAAGUAUGAACAAUUUAUUCAAGAUGAAUAUCAUUCGAAGAAAAGAUGUUCCAUUGGUUUCUUUCCGAGGAACAUGUCGUUGAGGUAUCGAUUGGGCAGAAAUGCUACAAAGAUGGUAGAGGAAAUUAAAGUAGAAGAACUUUGGAAUAAAAGGUUUGAUGAAGUUUCCUAUCGAGUACUCCCAUCCAUUAAUGUUUCUUUGACCGACAUUAGCUAUGAAAGCUUUGCAUCAAGAACAAAAACUAUCGAUAUGUUUAUGCAAGCAUUAGAAGAUUCUACAGUUAAUAUGAUUGGCCUUUAUGGUGUUGGUGGUGUGGGUAAGACCACUUUAGUCAAAGAAGUUGCUAAGAAAGCUCAAGAAAAGAAGUCGUUCCCUGUGGCGGUUAUGGCAAAUAUAACGAGAAAUCCUAACAUCAUAACAAUUCAAGGACAAAUUGCUGAGAUGUUAGGAAUGAGAUUGGAAGAGGAAAUCGUAAGAGUAGAUCGCAUUUGGAAGAGAUUAAAGAAAGAAAAGGAGAACAUCCUUAUAAUCCUAGAUGAUCUAUGGGAUAGGUUGGACUUGAAUAGACUGGGAAUUCCAAAUAGUGAUGAAGAUGAUGGUAACCAAAAUUAGACUUGAAUAUCUAUUUUUGGUUACCAUAAGAUGGAAAAAGAAGAGUUAUCUUCGGAUUUCAAUAACAUGAAAGAAGAGAAGUUAUCUGUCAAUCACAAAAGAUGCAAAAUUCUUCUAACAUCUAGAAGAAAACAAGUAUUGUGUAAUCAAAUGGAUGUGAAGGAGAGAUCAACUUUCUCUAUUGGAGUCCUUGAUGAAAAUGAGGCAAAGACUUUGCUUAAGAAAGUGGCUGGAAUACACAUCCAAAAUUUUGCGCAUGAUGAAAAAGCCAUUGAAAUUGCAAGAAUGUGUGAUGGGUUGCCUAUUGCAUUAGUUUCCAUCCGAAGGACAUUAAAGAAUAAAAGCUCCUUUGUAUGGGAGGAUGUUUAUGAACAAAUGAAAAGGCAAAGUUACAUAGAAGGGAAAGAACCUACUGAGUUUUCUAUAAAGUUGAGCUAUGAUCAUCUAGAAAAUGAACUACUGAAGUGUAUUUUUUUACAAUGUGCAAGAAUGGGAAACGAUGAUUUGGUUAUGGACUUGGUGAAGUUUUGUAUUGGUUUAGGUUUAUUACAAGGAGUCCAUACAAUUAGAGAAGCGAGAAACAAAGUAAAUAUGUUGAUAGAAGGGCUAAAAGAAUCAAGUUUGCUGUUGGAAAGUUACUCUAGCAACCGCUUUAACAUGCACGACAUUGUGCAUGAUGUUGCUCUUUCAAUAUCAUCAAAAGAAAAGCAGGUAUUUUUUAUGAAAAAUAGCAUACUCGAUGAGUGGCCUCCCAAAAAUCAACUUGAGAGAUACACUGCUACUUUUAUACAGUCUUGUUAUAUCGUUGAUGAUCUCCCUGUGAGUAUAUAUUGUCCUAGACUUGAAGUCUUACAUAUUGACGGUAAAGAUUAGUUUUUGAAAAUACUAGAUGACUUUUUCCAAGACAUGAUUAAACUCACAGUCUUCAUAUUGACUUGUUUGAAUUUUCCAUGUUUACCUUCUUCACUUAUAUGCUUAACAAAACUAAGAAUGCUCAGUCUAGAGAAGUGUACUCUGGGGCAUAACUUAUCAAUCAUUGGAGAGUUAAAGAAACUACGAAUUCUUAUUC